CCAUGAACAAAGUAACUGGGGAUGUAAAAUGGUGAGUGAGGAACUACAGCUACGUGACUAUUAAGCAACAAGGAAUGUGAGUGAAGUGCCAGAAUCCAAAGGGUGGAAAAUGAGUGCUUUCAAAAAGCAUCAUAGUCUUUUUCCCAGGACCUUCAGAAGAUCUUUGUCAGAACAAGAUGCUGGCGCAGCUGCCUUGAAGGACUAUCAUUGGUACCACCGAAUGAAAAGCAAGAAGUUGAAUAAACAGAUGAGUUUUGACUCAGAGAAACCUCUUGGAGCGUACAGACGGCAAACACAUCCUUGGCCUCUCUGGAGGGUAAGCAGCAGAGAGGGGUCCUCCAGGUUGAAAGGGGAAUGCGGUGACCCAAGUCUUGCCAGAAGUUCUGCACGUGUGGGUGCUGCCAGUGCUGACAAUCUCCUCCAAGUCCCUGCUGAGGCGGCGUUCCCCACGGGGACGGGGCGGCUGCGGGCUGCCUUCAGCCGCUCUCUGUCCGAGCCCGCGGCGCGCCCCGGCAGCGGCAAUGCCCGCCCGUCCCUGCACGCCGUGCGCUCGCUGCACGCCCAGCACCAGGGCUACCUCCUCCGCGGCGCCUUCGCCUCUCUCUCAAGUGGCUUUUCAAAGAUAAUGAGUCGAAAAGGGCACCCUGUUAGUGAAUCCGUAGCUGAAGGGAAGACAGAGGACAAUCGGUUUGUUUUGAGUGCAGAUGUGAAAGGACCACCCACCCACAGACUGUCCUGCGGCCAGUCCCCCUACACUGAGAUGACAACAUGGGAAAGGAAAUACUGCAUCCUGACAGACAGCCAGCUGGUGCUGCUCAACAGGGAGAAGGAGGUGUCUGCAGAAGCGAUCCCGGAGCCGCAGGAUGCCUCCCGCGGGCGCUGCCUGCGCCGCACCGUCAGCGUCCCCUCCGAGGGCCAGUUCCCCGAGUACCCGGCAGAGGGGGCCGCCCAGCUAGAGGUCCCAGCAGAGAGAUCUCCUCGCAGACGGAGCAUCUCAGGGACCAGCACCUCUGAGAAAACCAACUCCAUGGAUGUUCCGAACACUUCUCCUUUCAGAGUACCAGGCUUCUUCAGUAAGCGCCUGAAAGGAUCCAUCAAGAGGACAAAGAGUCAAUCCAAACUGGACAGGAAUAUAAGUUUCCGUCUGCCCUCUCCCAGCAAUUCUGAGGACAGACCACGUGAGCUGCCCAAGCUGAAGGAGUCCCGUUCCCAUGAGUCUUUACUGAACCAAAGCAGCGCCAUAGAGACUCUGGACUUUACAGCAGAAGAAGGAGUCAUUGUCAAACCACUUCACAGCAGCAUCCUUGGACGAGACUUCUGCUUUGAGGUAACCUACUCCAAGGGCAGUAAAUGCUUCAGUUGUUCUUCUGCAGCAGAGAGGGACUGGUGGAUGGAAAACAUACGCAGAAUAUCGCAGCCAAUGAAGGACAAUAGCCGUCGAGCUGAAAACGUGCUUCGCCUCUGGAUCAUAGAGGCCAAGGACCUGACCCCCAAGAAGAAAUACUUCUGUGAGCUGUGCCUUGAUGACACCCUCUUUGCCCGCACCACCAGCAAAGCAAAAGCAGAUAACAUUUUCUGGGGGGAGCACUUUGAGUUCUACAAUCUCCCACACGUUCAGAGCAUCACAGUUCACAUCUACAAGGAUGCAGAGAAGAAAAAGAAAAAGGACAAGAACAAUUACGUGGGCCUGGUUAACAUUCCCACGGCCAGUGUGACCGGUCGCCACUUUGUGGAGAAAUGGUACCCAGUCAGCACCCCUACAGCCAACAAAGGCAAAUCAGGGGGGCCUUCCAUUCGGAUCAAAUCCCGUUACCAGACCAUCACCAUCUUGCCCAUGGAGCAGUACAAAGAAUUUGGGGAGUAUGUUACCAGCAACUACGCCCUGCUGUGCUCUGUGCUGGAACCUGUGAUCAGUGUCAAGAACAAGGAAGAGAUGGCUUCUGCCUUGGUGCACAUUCUUCAGAGCACUGGGAGAGCCAAGGACUUCUUGACUGAUUUGGUGAUGGCUGAGGUAGAUCGUUGUGCAGAACAUGAUGUCUUGAUCUUCAGGGAGAACACACUUGCUACCAAAGCUAUUGAGGAGUACCUCAAGCUGGUAGGACAGAAGUACCUCCAGGAUGCACUGGGGGAGUUUAUCAAGGCUGUGUAUGAGUCAGAUGAAAACUGUGAAGCAGAUCCCAGCAGGUGCUCACAGAGUGAAUUAGCAGAUCAUCAGUGCAACCUGAAAAUGUGUUGUGAGCUGGUCUUCUGCAAGAUUAUCAAUUCUUACUGUGUGUUCCCUCGUGAGCUGAAGGAGGUGUUUGCAUCUUGGAAGCAGCAGUGCCUGAACAGGGGCAAGCAGGACAUCAGUGAACGGCUGAUCAGUGCCUCUCUCUUCCUGCGCUUCCUGUGCCCUGCCAUCAUGUCCCCCAGCCUGUUCAACCUCACCCAGGAGUAUCCUGAUGACCAGACCUCUCGCACGCUCACCCUCAUUGCUAAAGUCAUCCAGAACCUCGCCAACUUUGCCAAGUUUGGUAUUAAGGAAGAGUACAUGGCCUUCAUGAAUGAAUUUUUAGAACAUGAGUGGGGAGGAAUGCAGCGUUUUCUGAGGGAGCUCUCUAACCCAGAUACCAUCUCCAACAUGCCUGGAUAUGACGGCUACAUCGACCUGGGCAAAGAGCUCUCCGUGCUGCAUUCCCUCCUGUGGGAGGUUGUGUCCCAACUUGAUAAGGGUGAAAAUUCCUUCCUACAGGCAACCGUGGCAAAACUGGGACCUCUUCCUCGUAUUCUUGCGGAUAUCACAAAGUCCAUGACCAACCCUACACCCACUCAGCAGCAGCUGAAGCGUUUCACGGAGCACAGCUCCAGCCCAAAUGUUGCUGGAAGUCUCUCCUCAGGACUUCAGAAGAUAACUGAGGACCCCACUGAUGGUGACAUAAACAAGAUGAAGUCUCCAACCCAGGAGAAUGUAGAUGGACAUUUUAGGGGCAAGACCUUACUGCUGGUUCAGCAGGCAUCCACCCAGAGCAUGACCUGCUCAGAUAAGGAUGAGAAGGUAAGUGUCUUGCCCAACGGACGUAGCAUCUCUCUCAUGGACCUGCAGGACCCUCACACCGCUCACAGCGACACUGCUUCCAUGAUGCACGACGUGCCUUUGCGCCUGGCGGGCAGCCAGCUCUCCGUCACCCAGGUGGCCACCAUCAAACAGCUGUGGGACACCCAGAGCACCCCCCAGAGCGCUCCCCAGGUCCGGAGGCCGCUGCACCCGGCGUGGAACCAGCAGGGCAGCCUCCGGCCUCUGUCGUUCCAGAACCCGGUUUACCAGCUCAACAACCCGAGCCCCGCCACGGCCAAGGCCUCUGAGGACUCCAGCCCCGAGAACCUGAGCACCGCCAGCUCCCGGAGCCGCAGCAACAGCGAGGACUUCAAGCCCAGCGGGCGCAGCAACAGCAGCCUGGAGGACUCGGCCAAGCGCAGCUCGCAGAGCGAGGAGUCGGCGCGGCGCCCGGAGCGGCACAUGCCGCUGGCGCUGCCCCGCCAGAACAGCAGCAGCCAGGCGCAGAUCCGCAGGAUGGAGCAAGCCGUGCUGGGCACCAGGGCCAAAACGCUGCACACCGUGGCGCACAGCCCGUCCCUGCGCAGCACGGGCAGCGUGUCCGGAGCCUCGGGGGCCGCGGGCACCGAGCCCGUCCAGAACGGCAGCCGCUCCCGCCACCAGUCCUCAUCCUCCCGGGAGAGCCCCGUCCCCAAGGUGCGGGCCAUUCAGCGGCAGCAAACACAGCAGGUGCAGUCGCCAGUGGACUCAGCCACGCUGUCUCCAGUGGAGAGGACGGCUGCGUGGGUGUUCAACAACGGGCAGUACGAGGACACCAAGAGGGACACUGCUCAGAGCCUGGAUGAAGCCAAGCACGCUGAGAAGUACGAGCAGGAGAUCGCCAAGCUGAAGGAGCGGCUGCGGGUGUCCAGCCGCCGGCUGGAGGAGUACGAGCGGCGGCUCCUGGUGCAGGAGCAGCAGAUGCAGAAGCUGCUCACAGACUACAAGUCCCGGCUGGAGGACAGUGAGGACAGGCUGCGCAGGCAGCAGGAGGAGAAGGACAGCCAGAUGAAAAGUAUCAUCAGCAGACUCAUGGCCGUUGAAGAGGAGCUGAAAAAGGAUCACGCUGAGAUGCAAGCAGUCAUAGAUGCAAAGCAGAAAAUUAUUGAUGCACAGGAGAAGCGGAUCGUGUUCCUGGACUCGGCCAACACGCGCCUGAUGAGCGCCCUGACGCAGGUAAAGGAGCGCUACACCAUGCACGUCCGCAACGGCAACCCUCCCAAGCUUUCCAUCACGGAGAAUGGGGAAUUUAAGAACAGCAGUUUCUAAUUCUGCAGGUGCUGCCAACCACCUCCGUGGAGGAGCAAGGCGGAGCAGAGCCAAGACCCCUCACCGUCACUGAUUG